AUGGCCCAUGAAGUGGACCUGGAGUCCUUCAAGGAGUUGGAACGGGAGGUCAUUCUCGGGGUCCUAUACCGAGAUCGGGCUGUUCAAAGCAUAGAGGAGGAAAGGGUCCGGAAAUUGAAAACGCACCUGCAGCAUCUUCGGUGGAAGGGGGCGAAGAGCUCGAGCCAGGAAUACAGGGCCAAGUGCUGUGCACGCUGCCAGCGGGCUCUGGGCCUGCUGCUGAACCGUGGGGCCGUGUGCCAGGGCUGCAGCCACCGGGUGUGCUCCGAGUGCCGCGUAUUCCUGCGGAGGACUCAUGCAUGGAAGUGCACAGUGUGCUUUGAGGACAGAAAUGUGAAAAUCAAAACUGGAGAAUGGUUCUUUGAAGAGCGUGCCCGGAAAUUUCCAACUGAAGGUAAACAUGAGACGGCUGGGGCGAAGCUCCUGCAAUCUUAUCAGAGGCUGAGCAAAAUCUCUGUGGUCCCUCCGACGCCACCACCGCUCAGCGAGAGCCAGUGUAGCGGCAGCCCUGGCAGGUUACAGGAACUUGGUCACUUCAGAGGAUUUAAUAAGUCCGUGGAAAACUUGUUUCUGUCUGUCACCACCCAGAUGAGAAAGCUCUCCAAGUCCCAGAAUGAUAUGACUUCAGAGAAGCAUCUUCUCGCUAUGGAUCCCAGGCAGUGUGUGGUCCACACGGAGAGGCGGAGCCAGUCUGACACAGCAGUCAAUGUUACUUCCAGGAAGGUCAGCUCACCCGAUAUUCUGAAAGCAUUCCAUCAAGAAGAUCCCAAGCAACCUCCCAGUCCUGUCUUGAAGCAAGGCACUCUCCCGUCCAGUCCAACACACAGCGCUGUCUUUUCUGGAGGCCUGAGACACGGAAGCUUAAUUAGUAUUAACAGCACCUGCACGGAGAUGGGUAAUUUUGACAAGGCUAAUGUCACUGGAGAAAUCGAAUUUGCCAUCCGUUACUGCUUUAAAAGCCAUUCUUUAGAAAUACACAUCAAGACCUGUAAGAACCUUGCCUACGGAGAGGAAAAGAAGAGGAAGUGCAACCCGUACAUCAAGACCUACCUGCUGCCUGACAGGUCAUCCCAAGGGAAGCGCAAGACACAAGUCCAAAAGAACACUCUGGACCCAACUUUCGAGGAAACCUUGAAGUAUCAGGUAGACCUCGCCCAGCUGGUGACCCGGAGGCUGCAGGUCUCUGUGUGGCACCUAGGCACCCUUGCCCGGAGGGUGUUUCUUGGAGAAGUGAUCCUUCCUCUGGCCACAUGGGACUUUGAGGACAGUUCGACCCAGAAUGCCAGGUGGUAUCCACUUCGGGCCAAGGCUGAGAAAUACGAAGAUAAUAUUCCUCAGAAUAAUGGAGAACUUGCUGUUCGAGCCAAACUGGUCCUUCCUGCAGGGCCAAAAAAGCUCCAGGAGGCCCAAGAAGGCACGGGAGGUCAGUUAUCGCUUAAUGGUCAACUUUGUUUGGUUGUGCUGGGAGCCAAGAAUUUACCCGUGCGUUCGGAUGGCACCUUAAACUCUUUUGUUAAGGGCUGCCUCACUCUGCCAGACCAGCAAAAGUUGCGUGUGAAGUCCCCAGUACUGAAGAAGCAGGCUUGUCCCCAAUGGAAGCACUCUUUCGUGUUCAAUGGUGUGAGCAGCUCUCAGCUGAGGCAGUCCAGCCUGGAGCUGACUGUCUGGGACCAGGCCAUCUUUGGCAUGAGUGACCGCCUGCUCGGGGGAGCCAGGCUUGGUACAAAAGGAGGCGCUGCAGGUUGUACGGACUCCUGUUCACAGUCCAAACUUCAAUGGCAGAAAGUCCUGUCCAGUCCCAACUUAUGGACAGACAUGACCCUCGUCCUGCACUGAGGUGAAGCCAAAGGCCAACAGAUCAUAGCGGAAUCUGACCCACCGGGGCACCAGUA